UUCGUCCACGAACAGACACCUCGAGAAUGACUAUGAGCUACGAGAAGAACUUGGGAGCGGCUCCAUUGGCAAGGUCUAUCGUGCCAUCGAACGAAGCACAGAUAAGGCUUUUGCUGCCAAAAUAAUCCCGACGCGGCAAUUUGCGUUUGAACGUUCCUUUUCGGCCAAUGAUUUACUACAAGAGGCCCGUAUGCUGCGUAAUGUGUCACAUCCUGCAAUCGUCACAGUUCGUGAUGCGUACAGCGAAGAUGCAUCGUUUGCUAUCGUCAUGCAACUUGUUGAAGGCGGUGAUCUCUUCGAUCGCAUUGUAAAGCGAAAGCGAUAUCGCGAACGAGAUGCACGUGACGUGAUGAGCCACCUGCUUUCAGCUCUAGCAUACCUCCAUGCCCGCGGCAUUGCUCAUCGUGACAUUAAGCCAGAGAACAUACUGCUUCGUACAGUAGACUCAGAUGUAGAUGUUCUUCUCACUGAUUUUGGCUUGGCCAAAGGCACUGCAGUUGGGCCUCAUGGAUGUAGAACUUUCUGUGGCACGCCUCAGUACCUUGCACCAGAAGUCAUGGAACGCCAGAACGAAGAUAAUCUAGCAACUGGUGGUUAUGAUGGGGCUGCAGCCGACAUUUGGAGUUUAGGCGUCGUUCUAUUUGUUCUGUUGUCUGGAACACAACCAGCAAAUUCCAAAGUUGAAAAUAAGUGGACGACAUGUUCGUUCAGUGAGGGUGUAUGGCAGGAUAUUAGUGAAGGUGCCAAAGACGUUAUUCGUCGAUUGACAGCCAUCGAUGCAAAUGAAAGACCAUCUGCUGCAGCAGCAUUACUGAUGCCAUGGUUCAGCAGCCAGCAGUCCUCGCAAAAGCAGGCUGAUAGUGUUGACAACGAAGAUAUUGUAAUCCACGACCAGAAACGGCAGAAAACUUAAGAUGCAAGACUCAGCCUAAUAUUAAACUUCAGAGUUACUAAAAGGGCCCGCAGAGAUGACUCGCGAGAGCGACUCGCGAGCAGCGCUCGCGAGCGUGCCCAUCGUCCCCGCCAACCAACCAAGGUAGAGCAACGCAGAUCUGAACCCAGCAUGCGGACCCACAUGCAUGGGGACGUCGUAGCGGGACGUCGUCAGCCUGGGGUAUCGGCCUCGCCGUUGGCCGCGGGCAGUGUGGCACGUAGUGUGGCAGACAACGUGCGCCUAGGCCGGCCAGAGGCUGGCCCACUCGAAAUAAGUAGGUAAGUAUUGUUUAGGG